GAGGAUUUUUUUUUUUUGUGUGUGUGUGUGUGUGUGUGUGUGUGUGUGUGUGUGUCGAGCUGGGCUGGUGGCUGUUUCAAUCAAAGGGAAGGCAGAGGGAAGGGAGACUCUGCGGAGAGAUGUAAGAUGGCAGAGCUACAAAUGUUGUUAGAGGAAGAGAUUCCGGCCGGUAAAAGAGCGCUAGUAGAGAGUUACCAAAACCUCACCAGAGUAGCAGACUACUGCGAGAACAAUUAUGUCCAGGCCCAGGACAAGAGGAAAGCACUGGAGGAGACCAAAGCCUACACCACCCAGUCCCUGGCCAGCGUGGCCUACCAGAUCAAUGCCUUAGCCAACAAUGUACUCCAGCUGCUGGACAUCCAGGCCUCGCAGCUGCGGCGCAUGGAGUCCUCCAUCAACCACAUCUCCCAGACGGUGGACAUCCAUAAAGAGAAGGUAGCCAGGCGGGAGAUCGGGAUCCUGACCACCAACAAGAACACGUCGAGGACCCAUAAGAUCAUAGCGCCAGCUAAUGUGGAGCGGCCGGUCAGGUACAUCAGGAAGCCCAUUGACUACACUGUAUUGGACGACGUCGGCCAUGGCGUUAAGCAACAUGGAAACAAUCAGUCAAUCAGAGGAGGAACACUAUCAAGGACCAAUCCGCCCACGCAGAAGCCCCCGAGCCCUCCCAUGUCAGGGCGUGGCACGCUUGGACGCAACACAUCCUACAAGACCCUGGAGCCGGUGAAGCCGCCCACGGUGCCCAACGACUACAUGACCAGCCCCGCCCGACUAGGCAGCCAGCACGGCCAGCAGCACAGCCCUGGACGCACGGCGUCACUCAACCAGAGGCAACGCACACACAGUGGAAGCAGUGGGGGUAGUAGCAGUAGGGAGAACAGCGGCAGCAGCGGUACUGGCAUUCCCAUCGCCGUGCCUACACCCUCCAUCCCCAACUCUGGUCCAGUCCCGCCCAUGUCCACUCCACUGGGAGCCCCUCCACCACCCCCACCCCCUCCUCCACCACUUCCUCCCGCUCCUUUCAUGGCCGGGCUCGGCCCCCCACCACCACCACCUAUAGUGGUGGCCCCUGGGCCUGGUCUGGGCCCCGCUCCAAUGUCCCAGUUUGGAACCAUCUCGCGGCAGAUUUCGCGGCACAACCCCUCCAACUCCUCUGUCUCUAUGGUUUCGGCCACGGGCACCUACCGCCGGGCGCCGUCGGUCACUUCCCAGUUCUCCUUGCAGCAGCAGCAACAACUACAGCAGCAGCAACAACUACAGCAGCAGCAACAACAACUGCCUCAUAUUAAUGGAGGCACUCCUGGCUAUGGCCAGAACUCAAUGUCUAUCGCUCCUCCUCCUCCCCCAAUGCCCCAGCUGACUCCACAGAUACCUCUGACUGGCUUUGUGGCCAGGAUGCAGGAGAGCAUUGCAGAUACUCCCACCCCACCUCCCCCUCCCCCUCCAGAUGACUUGCCCAUGUUUGACGACUCUCCUCCCCCUCCGCCACCUCCUCCAGUUGAUUACGAGGAGGAGGAUGCUGCCGUCGUGCAGUACAACGACCCCUACGCUGAUGGAGACCCACAGUGGGCACCCAAGAUCUACAACGAGAAAGUGGUGGCUAUCUACGACUACAGCAAGGACAAGGACGACGAGUUGUCUUUCAUGGAGGGGGCAAUCAUUUACGUCAUCAAGAAGAACGACGACGGCUGGUUCGAGGGCGUCUGCAACGGCGUCACCGGACUGUUCCCCGGCAACUACGUGGAGUCCAUCAUGCACUACACCGACUGAAGGGACCUCGCAGUAACAGUACAGUCUAUUUAUUCAGUCAUAUCAUAAUCCACUGAGUGACUGACCGCAGCAAUCUUGACUCCUGAGUCGCAUAGACAUAACUGUAUGAUCCCCUUUUGAUAUGACAGAAUGUUCUUUCCCUUACUGAUUGCAAAUAAAAUGAAAAGUAAUAUCUAUUUAGUUUAUUUUGGUGUUAUGGGCGGGUUGGGGGACAUUUAUGGAAUAUGUAAAAAAAUAAAAAUAAAAAAAAUAAAUACAGUUUCUAAAGAAUUGGACUGCACAUGCUCACACCGGUUGAACUCAAAGAUUAUAGUCACAUAGCUGAAUGAUGUACGACAUCAUCUUGCCUGGACAAAAAAAAUUGGGAUUCAGAAUUUAAUCCGUUUUGAAUGAGAGUAUUAGGUUUGAACAAAUAAAAUGUUAAUAUCAUGUAAACAUCUUCAGUUGACGUGUUUGUACUGUCAGUUGUAUAUAAUGUGAGCUGCAGUCACUUGGGUUUAUGUAAUGUGAAUUCAGUGAAUGUCGAUUAUGAUAGUUUUCAUUAGUGGUGCCCUUCUCGACUCCAUAAGGCUCAUUCGGGGGAAAAAAUAAAAAUAAAAACUCAGAUGGCCUGUCAAUAAUUUUCAAAUUUAAAUACUGUAUAUGGUAUUUCAAAGACAAUUACUCCUGAAAAAUCAGUCUUGGCGUUAAAGCAUGCAAAAUUUUAAGCGAUAUAAUGUAAUCUUAAGUUUAUUGCCAUUAUGCUUCCAUUAUGUUGUACAUGUAUUCACCUUUUUAAUUUUUAUUAUACUGUUGAAAUCACUGAACCUUUUAGACUCUGAAGUGAAUUUCAGGCUUUCCCAUGGUCUCACCCUCUAAAUGCCGGUUUGCAUUUGAUUUGCUUCAUGGAAAUGAAAUGGAUUUUACUUUUUCAUGCAUUUAGAUCUGUUUAAAGUAAGAUAACACAUUCCAUUUUUGCUUAUUACCAAGCAUUUUAAGAUUAUGUCACAUCACUGUUAACUUUAUACUAAUCCACAUAAAGUCUGUAGAAUCCAUUGGUGACAUUGGCAAUAAUGGACUAUGGCUCUGAUAGACAGCAGGUGGUGUGCAGUGAUAAUUGGACGGACUGUCGUGCCUGACACUGCCAUGUGACAAUUCAGAUAUAAUGUAGACCAAUAAACAACUGUAAUACCUCCUCAGUCUUCACCAAGCAACAAUAACCUGCUCUAGGUUCAAGGACCAUGUUGAAUGCUCUGAACAUGAAAUCCUCUGGGCUGCACAGGUGUACAUAUUUUAACUCAAGUAAAACCAACCAAUCAAUAUUAGCUGUCACUCAGGUCUAGGAAUCAUCUUGAAAACAUUAUAUUUUUUCUGUUGUCCCUCAAACAUGACCUUUUUUUUUUUUUUUUACUUUUGACUUCCAAAUGCAUUGGUCACUGUUUAGCAUUUCAGGAUACUGCAGCUAAUGCCUUGAUAUUUUGCCCAUUUGCUUUAGUAUUUCCAAUUAAAAAAUAUGUUCCGGCUCAAUUCCAUAGGUAGAAAUACUGAAAUCUAUCUCUGUCUGCCCUUCAUUUGUACAUAUAAUAUGUUGAUUGAAAAAUUAAUGUACAGUCUUUUAUAAUAAACAAUUCUAUGUACAACA